GUCCUUGUCUUCCUCCUCAAUCUCUCGAUCUCCUGAACUCUCGAUCGGCAUUAAACCUAGGUCGAAGCCUUGAAGUCGCUCAGGUACUGGGGGGUUUUUGGUGUUACCCAGGAGUGCCGUAUAGAUUCUAGUCAUAUCUGCGAACUUGUCCGCGGAGGUGGAGGGUGGGCAUGUGCCUAUAUUGCGAGCAAUUUGUUAGUUGGGCUUAUAGAGACAGAAACACACAAUGCUGCACUUAUGAUCCCACAUACCUUGAUAUAAUUUUCCAACAUCUGUCGCCCCACCCGGGGAGUCAAUCGACCAGGAACAAUAUGAUCGCAGCGUGGUGGAUUUGUCCCAGGUGUCAAGCCGCCCACCUUUCCCAACCGGCCUGGCAUCCUCAUCUCCGCUUCGAUCAUACUAGCUGGCAGGCGCAGGCAGGAUUUUAUAGCCACACGAUCUUCAUCGUUGAGCGGACGGAAAGUAAUAGUUUGCUUCAUGUGAUCAUAAUCAGCCAUGAGAAUGUUGGCAUAGGGCGGCUGAAUAAUCCAGUUAUGAACAGUAGAUGGCCUGGCGUGGAGCAUGCACUGCAAGAGCUCGAUAGCUUUAGCAUAGCUUUCAAAAGACGCUGGAAUAUCGUUGUUUCUGAGUGACGAGGACAUUCUUCUGUUCAUAUAUUCGCACCUCCAUUUCCCUGGAUGUUGCGGAUCCUCCCACUCGACUCGAAUGGCAAGUGACUGAGCUUGCUCCCAGUUUCGGAACCUAGGAAUGUAUGGCAAUCGC